CUCGUUGUUCAAGAAAACUCUAUUCAAAAUCUAACAAUUUGAUUAUUACAAGACAAAUCAAUCAAAGUUGUCACCUUUCAACUUGUUUCAGCCGUAAAGUUAUCACCUUUUCAACCUAUCCAUUAAAACACCUCUGUUUCUCUCUCCUCUCUCUCAAAGACAAUGAAAGAGUAUUGGACCUCUCUAGCUUCCCUUCUCGGCGUUAUAGCCUUCUGCCAGACCCUCAUGAACUCAGUCUUCCCACCAGAGCUCCGUUUCGCCGUCACCAAACACUUCAACACACUCUUCCAACUCUUCUCCUCCUACUGCUACUUCGACAUAACGGAGAUCGACGGCGUCAACACCAACGAGCUCUACGACGCCGUCCAGCUCUACCUAACCUCCUCCACCGUCACCUCCAACCGCCUCAGCCUCACCCGCGCCACCAACUCCUCCUCCACCACAUUCUCCCUCUCCAGCAACGACUCCAUCGCCGACACCUUCGACUCCGCCACCGUCCUCUGGGAGCACGUCGUCGCGCAGAGACAAACUCAGACCUUCGCGUGGCGGCCAAUGCCCGAUGAGAAGCGCGGCUUCACGCUCCGCGUCGAGAAGAAAGACAAAAGCUUUAUCCUCGGCUCUUACCUGGACCACAUCAUGGAAACAGCUAACGAGAUUCGCCGCAAGAAUCAAGAUCGGUUUCUUUACACGAACUCGCGCGGUGGCGGGGGAAUGGACUCGAGGGGCCUCCCUUGGGAGUCUGUUCCCUUUAAGCAUCCGAGCACGUUCGAGACGCUGGCGAUGGACCCGGCGAAGAAGAGAGAGAUCAUGGAGGAUCUCAAGGACUUCGCCGAGUGUGAGUCUUUUUACCGGAAGACCGGCCGAGCUUGGAAGAGAGGGUACUUGCUUUACGGACCACCGGGAACAGGGAAGUCGAGUAUGAUCGCAGCCAUGGCUAACUAUCUCGGAUACGACAUUUACGAUCUUGAGCUCGCGGAGGUGAGGAGCAACUCGGAGCUGAGGAAGCUGUUGAUGAAGACGAGCUCGAAGUCGAUAAUUGUGAUCGAGGAUAUUGACUGCUCGAUCAAUUUAAAGAACCGGAGCAAAAAGAAACAGAGUUAUUAUGAACCGGAGAUGAUGCUAACCGGGUCCGGUUUAGGAGGCGAUGAGGGUAAUGGGAACACGAUCACUUUGUCCGGUUUGUUGAACUUUACCGAUGGGCUUUGGUCUUGUUGCGGUAGCGAGAGGAUCUUUGUGUUCACGACCAAUCACAUUGAGAAGCUUGACCCCGCGUUGCUUAGGAGCGGGAGGAUGGAUAUGCAUGUGUACAUGAGUUACUGUACGUUUGCUUCGGUUAAGAUCUUGUUGAAGAAUUACUUGGGAUACGAGGAAGGAGAUUUAAGCGACGACGUUUUGAAGGAGCUUGAGAGGGUGGUGGAUAAGGCGGAGAUUACGCCUGCUGAUGUAAGCGAGUGUCUUAUUAAGAAUAAGAGGGAUAAAGAGAGAGCUGUGAGUGAGCUGUUGGAGGAUAUGAAAAGAAGGGCGGAGAGAAAUGAGAAGCAUGGGAAGCUAAGGGGUCAAAUUGGGAGGUUGGCUGUGGCUGACGACGCGGAGGAGCAGGAGAAGAGGGCUUUGGACAGUUCUUAUGGAGAAGAAGAAGAGAUUGAGGACAGCAUUUGCAAGAGUAGUGAAGAUUAAGUGUUCUAAUGUUUCAUUGUUCUUGAGUUUUUCUAACAUUCUAUGUUUACACAAUGUGAAAGUUGUGAUCCUUGUCUUUCUCUUUCGCCCUUUUGGGAAGUCGGCUUUUAGAAGUGAGCUAAAGUGAAUGGGGAAGAAUAAAAGGAUUUAGAGAGUUAGUUGAAAAGAGCCAAUGGUGGUGCUGGAGAUUUUUUGUAUGUGGGGAUUAGAAAAUGCAAAGAGAAUCACUGGAUAAACCAUUGGCAUAUGAUGUGUUAUGAC